GCCGGGCCGGGCGCUUGGUGCGCCGCGAUCGCGCUCCCGGGCCGCUCCCGGGCCGCUCCCCGUGUGCUCCCCGUGUGCUCCCCGUGUGCUCCCGGGCCGCUCCCGCUAUGGCAGCGCCGCCCGCAGGGUUUGCCAGGUAAAGAUCCCUGCAGUACACCUCCAGACUAUCUGACCAAGCUGCCUCUAUCGAUAUGUCCUUCAGGACCCUGCUAGCUAAAUUCAGCCUGUGAAACUUCUCAGCAGAAGGUGGACGUCAAGCACGGGGCUGAUGCCGAGGAGGCUGCAUGGCAGUGAACUGAGACUUGUAAAGAGUGUCUCCACUGUGUCAGUGAAAUCACACCUGUGUGGCAUCUUUGCAUCCAUUGUGAGUGGUGGUGCCCAGCUGGUGGCUGACUUGAACAAAGUGUUAUCUGGUGUUUUCUGCCACAGGGAGAGGCAGGGCGCAAGGAUCAGGUUUUGUAAUGCUGCUGCAUGUAUUUGAAUUAGUUUGGGUUUUUAAUAGGUUUUUUGGCAGCCUCUCUGUUGUUCACACCAUGUUUUAUUAGUGUGAGGGUCAACCUUUCGUUGUUGGAAUUUGUAAUUCCAGGGGAAUUUAUUUCUGUUUUAAUUUGAAAGGCCACAGAAGGGAAGGAGCUGCUGCUUUUUAUGGUUGCCUAGACCUCAGCAGAAAUGGCACAGCAUCCGUCAGAUCCGGCUUUUCCCCUUCAACCUCUGUGGUCUUUUUUGUUACCAGGAUGUUAGGGUGAUGCAGUAGGUGGGCAGAGCUGCGGGGUCAGCCACAGCUGUGCCACCCAGUCGUUUCUGGCACAGGGAGGGGGCACCGGGCCGUGCCGCGCGGGCGCACCGACGCAAUGGGUCUGGGCAGCGCUGCCACGGCAGUCCCCGAGGCCUCUGCGGGCCAGGACACCUCGGGCAAGCACUAUCUGUGCGGGCUGUGCGCGGCCUUCACCAACAUCGUGGUGACGUUCCCCAUCCAGAAGGUGCUGUUCCGGCAGCAGCUCUACGGGCUGCGCACGUGGGACGCCGUGCGCCAGCUGCGCCGCGACGGGCUGCGCACGCUGUACCGCGGCAUCCUGCCCCCGCUGAUGCAGAAAACCACCACGCUGGCGCUCAUGUUCGGCCUCUACGAGGAUUUCUCGGCGCUGCUGCUCAGCCACGCCCGCGCCCCAGAGCUCCUGACGCGCAGCGCCGCGGCCGCGCUGGCCGGCACCACCGAGGCCGUGCUCACGCCCUUUGAGCGCGUCCAGACGCUGCUCCAGGACUACAAACACCACGACAAGUUCACAAACACUUUCCAGGCUUUCAAGGUACUGAAAGCGUACGGGUUGCGGGAGUAUUACCGGGGAUUGGUACCUAUUCUGCUCCGAAACGGGCCCAGUAACGUGCUCUUCUUCGGUCUGCGGGGGCCCAUCAAGCAGUGUCUGCCUGAAGCCACCUCGUACAGCUCUCACAUGGUCAACGACUUCAUUUGUGGGGGGCUGCUGGGCGCCGUGCUGGGCAUCUUGUUCUUCCCUGUGAAUGUCGUAAAAACUCGCAUGCAAGCUCAGAUUGGUGGCGAAUUUCAGUCCUUCUCCAAAGUGCUGGCGAAGAUCUGGCUGGAACGCGACAGGAAAGUGGUCCACCUCUUUAGAGGAGCGCACCUGAACUACCACCGCUCUGUGCUGUCCUGGGGGAUCAUCAACGCGAGCUAUGAGUUCCUGCUGAAGCUGCUGUGACCCCAUCCUGCUCGUGGGGUGUCCUCAGUCCCAGGGAACAGUGCCUGUGCAUGUGACAGGUAAUUCCUCCCAGCCUUCGGUAUUUAUGGGGUGAAUGGUGAUGCAUUUAAACCUCGGUGCAAUUAUGAUGAACUUUUUAGACAAUUCCUUUGCUGGCAAGUGAGUUUACCCAUAACAGAGCUACUAGACAAAUACAAGGUGUAAAAGAGAAAACAAAAGUAGUCUGUAUCACUCCCAAAUUCCCUAAUGCUCUGUGAUGGGAUGCACUCCACUGCCCAUAUUUAGAACACGAGAAUCAAGGAGGGGAUGAAGAAAAACAAUUCCAUUGCUUGAUCAUCUUCCAAGUCUUGAUUUUGGAACUGCAUUUUCAGAUGUUUUGGGGUCCUCAUUGUGUAAAGCUCAAAGGACGGAUCCAGAAGGGGAUGACUGAAGUGCAGAGCUCCCAGCUGCACCUCAGCUUGCUGCAGCCACCACAAGAUGUGACCUGUGGUGACCGUGUCCUCCAGCCAUGGCACUGAACGUGUGACCUCAGCCCGGGCUGGAUCUUCGUGUGUGUAUGUGUGUGUGCAUUCGUACGUGUGCCUUCCUGUGAAAAGGGAAAAGUGGAAGGAAUGGGACAGCAAACUCACUAAAGCUUUAAAGUGUCCUUCCUCGUUAAAAAACACAGUGUUUGUUCUGCUUUUUGUGAGGACUUUUUUUUUUUUUAAUUGCUGCUUUUUCUGUUGCCUCCAGCUACGGGGAUCAGGGAGGUGUCCCUGUCUGUAAUGCCUACAGGACACUCCCGCUCCUGCAGCUGCUCAAGCACUUCACACGGCUUUUUGCACUGCCGCGUCUUUGUCUUUUCUCAGUUCCCUCUAUGGAAUUACGGAUCACAAGAUCCAUUUUUACCUGAAACUCGGGGUUCUGCCUGCUUGGUGUGUACUCUAAACGGUUCUGCAAGACAGAAUGGCACAGGGAAGGUGAGAUUCCUGGGCUACCUGCUUCAGUGGAGGUCUGGAGGCGUAGAGGAGAUGAAAAGCCAAAGAUGACCUUGGGAGCAGAGAGGCAGGAAAGGUGGAGUGGUUGGAGACAUGUUUCAGGACUUCUGUAGGCAAACAUUGAAAAGGACUGACAGAAAUCUUCAUCUUACAGACAUGGGAGUUGAGAAAGAGAAGACUUCAGGCUUGAGAUACAGGGACAGAAGAGCAAGCACAACCUUGAGCUGGAUGAGGGUCCCAACAAAAAGUGCUUAAAUCUCCCUGAGGAGGGCUUCCCUGUUAAUUAAAUAAUACAUUCAUAUAUAAACCAAAACACUUUGGAUGAUGGGGAGCAGCAGAGCUUUCAGAAACUGCUUUGAAUUUAGUCUUUUCUUAAGUCUCGGAGGAGCUCUUGCUUUUCUGAAUUUGAGUUUUCCAUUUGCUGAGACUGUCUUCCAAAAUUGAUCCUAAUCAGUGUGUUGUAAUCAUACAGUCCUGAGCUUCACAGACAGCAGUGGGUGGGCACAAGCACGAGUUCCUGUAUCCCAGUGGUGAUUAUCUGCAUCUAAAUAAAAUGUUUACUGGAUAUUUGUUACUGGCAAAAUUUGA